CAGACGCGUGCGUCGAACGCGUAUAGAAAAUCCCGCGUUCAGUAGCAUUCCGGACGCGAACGCAUUGCGGAUCGUAUUGCAUAAAGCUUUAAAUAAAUAUUAAUAAAGAUGUCAGGAAAAUUUCAAUUUUCCUCCGAAGAGGACGAAAUGUUAAUUGAAUGCAUAAGAAAUUACCCCGUUCUCUAUGACAUCAGUGAUAAAGAUUAUAAGAAUUAUUUAGUUAAAGAAAAUGUUUGGAGGGAAAUUUCGACUAAAUUGGGCAGAUCACCUACUGACUGCAAAAAAAGAUGGAGAAAUAUAAGAGAUACCUUCAUGAAAAUAAAACGUGGCAAUAAAUAUGGAAUAGGGUCGGCAGCGAAACCAAAAUCAAAAUGGCCGUUAUUACAACAUUUAAGCUUCUUAGAUAUAGUAUUUUCUGAAAGAAGUAACAUGGAAGAUUCACAAGAGACUUCUGAAAUUACGAGUAAUAUAGACAGCGAGCAUACAUUGAUAGAAGCAUUGGUAGAAACGUCGAUUGAUUCAUUUACCGAAACAGAUUCUCAAGGUUAUAUAAUACCCUCGAGAAAAAGAAGAUUAGAAACAGUUAACAGCAGUACAACGAAAAGACACAAAUACGAAAUCGAUAAAAUCGUAGAAGUAUUGGAAUACAGAGUUCUCGAAAUAGAGAAAAUCAUAGAAAAUAUUAAUAGAACGAUAAUAGAAGAUUCGGAUCCAGUCACAUCGUUCUUCAAAAGUAUGGCAACGACGGUCAAAACAUUUCCACCUGAUUUAAUCGCAGAAGCAAAACUGGAAGUGUUACGAAUAAUCAAUGUAUUAGAAAAAAAAUCGCUACAUUAAUAUAAUGAAUUUGCGAACUAUUAUA